CUUCCAUUUCCAUACUUCCCGCUAACUAGUUCAGUGUCUUUCUGCCCUAACUCGGUGGCUGUCCGAUCAGGUUCUUAUAAGAACUCUCACUCACCAUUACUACAACAAUUCAAACCCACCUUACCACUACGCCACUCUACACUACACUACAUCCACUAUCCCAUACCACAUACAUAAAAAUGCCCAGCACCGACUGUCUCCAACCCCCCCUCACGCCCGAAGAGCGAUCCAUCGUCAAAGGCUACGGCGGCUGGACAGCCUUCAUGCAGAGCUAUCUCCUGAAGCCGUGGGAGAACAACGACGUCGAGGAAGCCAAGGCUAUCUUGAAGGGGUUGGCGGUGGGGGAAUAAUUUCCUUGAAUUUGAGGAGAGCAGGAUUUGGAAGGAGGGCGCUUGAAGAGUGGGAUUUUUAUUGAUCGAUUUAUUUAUUUUUCAGCCUGUUUUUGUUAGUUCAAGGUUCGUUUGUUUGUUUGGGAAAGGUUUGCUUGUUGGAUCUGGUAGCAAAUGAUAUGUCUGCUGUGUCUCGAACUACUGGGGCUGAGGUGGGGAUCGGAAA